CAGGUGAAUUGCAGGAUCACACUAUAAAGAGUGCUCGCUUUGGUCACUCGACCUCGGGUAACCUCCCCACCCCUGCAAAGCUUUCAUUCUGCCACGGGCUUCGCACAUCAAUAACGCAGAACUACAGAAUAAGUGCGUCGGUCUCAACAUGCCGCAUCUUUCUGUGCCAGCAUCAGCCACAAGUGCUGCGGUUCUCCACCUUUACCGGCGUAUUAUCAAGAACGCCAAGGUGUUUCCUAGUAAAGGUCGCGAUCGCAUGCUCAAGGAAAUCAGGGAAGAGUUUCGCCUCAAUGCCAAAGAAAGCGACCCGGAGAAGGUUAAGCACCACAGGAGUAUGGCAAUCCAGGGACUGAGUCAGUUGCAGGCCUACACGGGAUUGGAGGACUCGGACAUGGACUGGAGCGUCACAAUGGAGCAAGCGCCAUUGGGGGGGCUAUCGGAGGAAAAAGUGGAGGAGAAAUUGCGUCGCGUCCCACAAAUGGCAAUGACCUCCGGGAAGGACGUCGCAGACGAAACAGGGCAAGAAAACGAUGACAGGAGGAAGUAGGAGGAGAAAAUCAACCACUGUUGAGCACGUCACUGCCUGGGAGUACACCAAUAUUG